AGCACAACGCACCCUAUUAGCUGUCUCUCUCUGUCUUAGCUUUCUCUCACCGUCUCAACUAUCAACAGCCGGUGGCACGGCCGUUUCUGGCGGUGAAAGCGGCGGCGACAGAGACGAUCAAUGAGGGACACAAGCGAGGUGGUGGAUCGGCUUAAACCAGCCAUACUUAUGGCGAUGGUUCAGCUAUUUUUCGUCGGGGUAGGCACUCUUUACAAAAUCGUCGUCUACGACGGCAUGAACUUGAGAAUUGUGAUAGCUUAUCGUUUUGUUUUCGCCACUGCUUUCAUGGCUCCUCUUGCUUUCAUCUUCGAAAGGAGGAAGAGGCCAAAGAUGACGUGGACUAUACUCUUUCAGGGACUUUUGUGUGGCUUAUUUGGAGGGACGUUAGCGCAAACAUUAUUCUUGGAAGCGCUGGCUUUAACAACAGUAACGUUUGCAUCGGCAAUGGGCAAUCUCGUUCCAGCCGCCACCUUUGUCAUGGCUCUCUUCUUCGGCUUGGAAAAAUUGAAUUGGAAGGCCGCAGCAGGAAAAGCAAAGAUCAUCGGAACCGUCGCCGGAAUUAGUGGGGCCAUGCUUCUGACAUUCUACAAAGGUCCACGAAUCCCCACUCCCUCACUCCACUUCAGCCUUUUGCAUCCCAACAACAGCCACGUGGCAUCCUCCCACUCCUCCUCAGGCGGUGGUAAUACCCUCUUAGGCGCGCUCUGUGCCUUGGGUAACGUCUUGUCGUUUGCUUCGUGGCUCAUUAUUCAGAGCAAGAUGAGUGAGAGAUAUCCAUGUCCUUACACAAGCACGACGUUGAUGAGUUUGUCAGCUUCAGUGUUUUCUAGUGCCUUUGCUCUUUGCACUGAAAGAGAUUGGACUCUAUGGAAAUUGGGUUGGAAUAUAAGGCUCUUAACUGUGGCUUAUGCGGGAUUGGUGGCAUCAGGAGUGAACGUGGUGAUGAUAGCAUGGUGUGUACGCAAAGGGGGGCCUCUGUUCGUAUCAAUAUUCACUCCUCUCCAGCUUUUGUUUUUGGCUUUUCUUGGACCUUUCUUUAUGGACGAGACGCUUCACCUGGGAAGUAUAAUUGGAGGAGUGCUGAUAGUCUCUGGACUCUACAUGGUUUUAUGGGGCAAAGCCAAAGAGAUGAACAAGAUGAAUCUUUUGAUAGCCUCAAAGUCACAGACCCUCCACGCAUCAUCAUCCCCUUCACUUGAAAUCAUCGUCAAAUCUCCUAUUCAUGAUGAGAAAAGCAACCACAUCAACAAUAUUUGUGCUUCAAAUAACAUUGGUAGGGAUCCCCAAGAUUCAUCAGAAAAUGGAAACCAAGCAAUAUUACAAGAUGGGAAAGUUCAAAUAGCAUAGUGUCUCAGACACUUAAGAGAAUAUAUAUACACACAUACAUACAUUGAAUGGAUAUGAUGUAUAAUGGGUUUAAUUGAUAUUCUUUAACUGAAACACAUGAAAUAUAUCAUAUAUAUUUGCUAGUUGAGUAGUGAUAGCGUGAUGUUGUAAGUUACCAUUCCAAGUCUCUCCAAAAUCUUAUAUGGAUUAAUGAAAUAGUGAGUAAACUUCUUCAA